GCGCAAUGCGACUUGCCAAAGCUCGGCCGGAAAUGGAUGCAAUACCAAGGGAUCAAUAACUGGGACGGAAUGCUCGACCCUCUUGACGAUACCCUACGUCAUGAAAUCCUCAGGUACGGCCAGUUUGUGGACGCGGCGUAUCGCUCCUUCGACUUCGACAUGUCGUCGCCGACGUACGCCAUGAGUCGAUACCCGAAGCGAUCGCUUCUGAGCCGAUCUGGGAUUCAGAAGUCUGGUUAUAGGAUAACGAGAAAUCUUCGUGCAACGUGUGGAAUUCUCUUGCCGAAGUGGAUUGAUGAAGUGCCAUGGAAGUUUAGUUUGCGUAGUUGGAUAGGUUACGUGGCGGUUUGUCAGGACAAGGAAGAGAUUGCGAGGCUUGGCCGGCGCGACGUCGUUAUCUCUCUGAGAGGGACGAGCACUUGCUUGGAGUGGUUGGAAAAUGCACGCGCUGCCUUGACCAGUUUACCGGAAGAUAUGGGAGGUAAAGGAGGAGAUCAAGCAAUGGUGGAGAAAGGGUUUUUGAGUCUUUACACAUCAAAGACGCCGAGGACUCCAAGUUUGCGGGAAAUGGUGAGAGAAGAAAUUAAGAAAAUUAUCCGAUCUUACGGAAACGAGCCACUAAGCUUGACGAUUACUGGUCACAGUCUGGGAGCAGCACUUGCGAUUCUAAGCGCGUACGACAUAGCCACCACAUUCAAGAAUGCACCCAUGGUGACGGUGGUUUCUUUUGGUGGCCCGCGCGUGGGGAACGAAAGUUUCCGGCGGCGGUUGGAGCAGAGUGGAACCAAGAUUCUAAGAAUAGUAAACUCCGAUGAUGUUAUUACGAAGGUGCCAGGGUUCGUGGCCAGAAAAGAUGACGUGGCAGGCGGUGGAAAGGCCCCCCUCGGAAGGCUACCACAGUGGCUGCAUAGGCGCGUGGAGGACCUGCAGUGGGUGUAUGCAGACGUAGGGCAAGAGCUGAGACUCAGUAGCAGAAAGUCUCCAUACCUUAAGAACUUCGAUCUCGCCACGUGUCAUGAUCUUAAGACAUAUCUUCUUCUGGUAAAGGAUUUUGUGAGCUCGACGUGCCCCUACACUCCAAAAACGACGCAGUGUCCAGCCCAAGCGUGGUUGUGA